UGUGUGUGAACGAUCGACACACACAACGUUCUUCCCAUUGUUUAUAUCCGUUGGAUUCCUCUUUCUUUUUUUCCCCCUAAAAACAAAGAAAGGAAUUCAACCCAAAAAAGAUAAUCUCAAAUUAAAAGAAAAUGGGCAAAAACGGAAAAUCGUGACUGAGCAUCUCAACCAUUGGAUUUAGAGGAACCCAUCUCCCCAACCACUAAUCUUCUUCCACGUGGUCGGCCAGUGAGACGCCGCUUUCAUGCCAGCCCAGCGAGCCGCCCGUUUGCCCAUUUCCUUCCGCCAACCAUUAAUUAAUAAAUUAUUAUCUAGGAAAAGAAAAUAAUAAAGGGCGAAAACUCGGGAGGAAGGGUUUCUCGAAGGAAGUUUCGUGUACGCGUUCGGAGAGAGCUUAAUAUCACGAAAAGUGAUUUUCCCGGAAAAUCUCCAUACUCCUGCUCCUGCUGCCGAGUACUGUUUCAGGUACGAAAUCGCUCACGAUCGUCAUUCGCUCCUUUCUGGACUUUAUCCUUUUGGUUUUGCUCCCUCAUUUUUAGGUCUUUUGGUUGGUUCGGUCCCUCCUCUAUUGGAUCUGAGAGAACAUAUUGUCGAGAAAAGGGAGGUUAGGGAUUAGUUGGCGAUUAGGCGGUUUUAGUUUUUGUGCUCCUUGAGGGGAUUUAGGGAGAGGAGCUCUGAUAAGUUGUGUGUCACUUCGGCUCUUGUUCUAAGCGGGGACAUCUAGAUUCUUGAGGCUUUCUUUGGUAAGUCUUCCUCUGGUUGAUUGCUUCUCCUCUCUGGGUGUUUUGAAUAUGGUAUUUCCGGUCUCUACUUUGCUAUAUUUCGGGUUGGAUUUGAUGGGUAAGGGACAGAAUUGAACAAAUAGAUGCUCUGAUAAGUUGGGAUUAUGCGACUUUGUUAAGAGGAAGAAUGGAACUUAGAUGAUGGUCAGUCAAAGAACACAACUUUCAUUUCUAUUAUAAUUACUAUCCUUUUUUUCUUCUUCUUUUGUUGCUGUUGUUGUUCUUGUUCUGGAUGUCUUGUAUACUGCAGAUGAUGAGAUUCUAGUUAAUGAUCAUGUUGAAUAUGGCUUGAACUAAGCAGAAUGACUCUGAAAUACUUGUGUGUUUCUCUCCCAGAUGCAUGUUACCCCUUACUAGUUAAAUAGAUCUGUGAAAGAUCCUGUGAAUUCGUGGAUGGAAUUUUGAUUUCAUGAGUUCUAUUUUGAAACAAUUGAGUAGUUGUUUGAUGGAAGGGAUUCCUUGCUGUUGGGAUGUUGUCAUACUAAUAAUCUGUUCUUGUUGUAAUAUUGCAGUGGACAUUUGAAAAUGAGUCGCCCACAGGAUCCACACCGACCCUUUUUCCCCUUUGGAAAUCCUUUCCGGAUGAUAUCGCCAAAGGGCUCGCAGAUGUCUCCUAGGCUUAUUUCUAUACUGAAUAGCUUUGAGGAAACCUUGGCAGAGAGGCUGAGCAAACUUAUUCCAGAAGACAAGGGUGAUGUUCUGAGUCUGACAUGGAUGAGAUCAGCCAUGGAAUCCCUCUGCGAGACUCACACCGACGUCAAAACCCUCAUCACCGAUCUCGAGCUUCCAGUCACGGACUGGGAUCAGAAGUGGAUUGAUGUCUAUUUGGACGUCAGUGUGAGGUUGCUUGAUAUCUGCAUUGCUCUAAGCUCUGAGAUCUCGAGGCUUAACCAAGGUCAUCUCUUACUUCAGUGUGUCUUGCAUAAUUUGGAAUCUGGGACCCCCGAGCGUUAUAUGAAGGCGCGUUCGUCCCUUGAUAACUGGAGACGUCAUAUUUGCUCUAAGAACCCUAGAGUUCAGAGUUGUGGCUCCAUCUUAGACAGUCUUGUCGAGACAUUGGAUCUUCCCAAGGUGAAGAAUUCCGCCAAGGGGAAGGUCCUGAUGCGUGCCAUGUAUGGUGUCAAGGUGGAGACAGUAUUCAUCUUCAGCGUAUUUGCUUCGGCCUUUUCCAGCUCGUCAAAGAAUCUCUUGGAUUUAACUAUCCCAGAUACAGUCUUGUGGAAUCGUGCUUUUUCCGAUUUGCAAACAAGAGUGAAUGGGGAAAUCAGAGAGACAUUCUCAUCUGGAAAAUUUACUGCUCUGAAAGAGCUGGAGUCUGUUGAUUCUAUUGUGAAGGCCCUGUAUCCUGCUAUUCAAGAUGGGGUGCAGCAACCUCCUGAGGUGGAGGAAGCGUUGAAGAUUUGCUUCACUGAGUUGCAGGGUGGAGCUGAGAAGCUAUCGAAAGGCUUGGAUCUCCUUGCUAAACAAGUGGACACCUUCUUCAAAAUAGUUUUAAGUGGUCGUGAUGCUUUGCUUUGUAAUCUAAGAGUUUCGAGUACCGAAACAAAUGCUGUGACGACGGCUGGUAACAUAGUGGAACAUCAAGUUGUUAGAUGAUAUUGUGCAGCCACUCUGUAUACAAUAGUCUUAGGUCUAACAAGUCUGUCCUAUGGCAACGUAUAUCGUGUAAGAUUUUAUCGUGGUCGUUGUGGCAUGAGUUGUGUGUGUUUAUUACUCGUUCACAGGGUUGUACAAGGGUUGUGUACUGCGAGACAUUAAAUAUAGAUAAGAAUGAAUUGUUACCACUUACCAAUGUGGUCCUGUGUUCUAACUUGUUGCCGGCAAUCGGCAACGCGAAUACCAUGCUUCCAUCCAAAAUAUGUAGCUUGUAGGAAGAUUUUGCAAAAUGAGUCUCUUCGGUCGUGAAGUACAGAAGCGGCAGUGCCACAAUGCUGUGUCCAACUCCCUCGCGUCCGUUGGGAGUCGCGAAAGGGAUUCUUCCCUAGCGAUGAAAACUUCUCACGAUCAACUUCACGGCUGUGUAAUCCUCAUUGGCUGCUCUUCAUAGCGCGCCAUCGUCACGACUUUUUUUCUAAGUAUCGAGAAAAUGAGGAUUCGACAAUGUAAGAAAACGAAAGCACAAAUCCACACACGAUACACGAUUUACGUGGUUCACUGAUUCAAUGUGUGUUAUCUAGUCCAUAGAAAGGAGAGAGUCCCGUGACUUUCGAUCAUAGCGACUGACAGUCCGAUUCAGGUCACAUCAAUAGCCAGUCCCAAAACCCACCUCCAGUCCUACCCACCUUUGCUCUACACUUUGUGCUUAACUUGUCAGUCCAAAUUGGUCAAAAACUCGCUAAGUUGUAUACUUCGUUGAAAAUUCAGCAUUGAACUGGGGUCUUGCAUUUGGCGUUCGUCCAUGGGGUAAGGAGGCGAUUAUUCUUUCAUAUUUGUCAUUUGAAGCAGGGAAGAGAAGAGGAAGGUUCAAAUAGGCUUUAGCAAAUGGCAAAACACAAGUCACCGCAGACCCAGAGAGAGAGGAAGGAAGGGAAGUCUUUUUCUUUUUCUUUUCCCCUUCUCCUCCUCCUGUAAAUAAAAGUCGUAUUGGUGA